GAUCGAUAGCUGUGGUGGGGAGGGGUUUGUCGGCUGGUUCUGGUUUGUUUCCACAUAUGUUUUCUUUUGUAUGUAUAGUUAUCGCUCGGCCCAGCACAGUGACGCCAAGUCCCAUGUGUGUGGCAUGAGUGGCAUGCAUCUCAACUAGCUUUCAACCCAGGAAGAGCGAAGGGACGCAACAGUCGCAAAGGUUAUUCCUUGAAUUCCUAUUUCAAGUACACGCGACUCCGGUAGUCCGUGAUAAGCCAUGGAUGACAUAUCUAGGGUAGACUCUGUGAACGCGACCACUUCCGAGGAUGACUCAGAGCAAGAGCAGCAAGGAUGCGGGGGCAGCUCCUGCUGCAACCCCAAAAGCUGCAUUUACAGGUUUUGCGGGCUUGUGCUGAUGUGCCUGUUAGGUUUUGGUUCCUACUUCUGUUAUGACAAUCCCGCUGCUUUGCAGGAUAACUUCAUGAAAGAUUUGAACCUCAGUACUAGUCAGUUUGUUUACUUGUAUUCAUGGUAUUCAUGGCCCAGUGUAGUACUUUGUAUUGUUGGUGGAUUCCUCAUGGACAGAGUAUUUGGCAUCCGUCUGGGAACAUGCAUUUUUGCUCUUUUAGUCGUUGUUGGUGUCACAAUUGUUGCUCUGGGGGCAAUUUUGAAUAAAUUUUGGCUCAUGGUUGCUGGACGAUUCAUUUUUGGUAUUGGAGGAGAGUCGCUUGCAGUGGCUCAGAACACAUAUGCUGUCCUUUGGUUCAAAGGAAAGGAACUGAAUAUGGUAUUUGGUCUUCAAAUGAGCUUUGCUCGAGUGGGAUCGACUGUCAAUUUCAGUGUUAUGGAACCUCUCUACAAAUGGGUCAGCACUUAUUAUGACGGUUUCACAUGUACAGGGGUGGUUCUUUUCAUAGCCUCUGCAACAACAGUACUAUCCUUACUCAGUACUAUCAUUUUGGCUUGGAUGGACCGUCGAGCAGAAAGGCUUCUAAAACGAAGAGAUAACCAAUCUGGAGAGGUGGUACGCAUUACUGAUAUAAAGGACUUUCCUGCCAGCUUUUGGAUGAUCGCUCUUGUCUGUGUAGCGUAUUACGUUGCAAUUUUCCCCUUCAUUGCACUUGGAAAGGUUUUCUUCAUCAGAAAGUUUGGGUUGUCUCCUGCUGAAGCCAAUACUGUGAACAGCAUUGUUUAUACAAUUUCUGCAGUAUCUUCGCCACUCUUUGGUAUCUUAGUCGACAAAUUUGGGCGCAACAUUGUUUGUUGUUUUGUAUCUAUUCUUGUGACAAUUGGAAGCCAUGCCCUUCUUGCUUUCUCAUUUGUCAACCCAUUUGUGGGCACUUCCCUGAUGGGUUUAGGAUACUCGAUGCUUGCUAGUGGUUUGUGGCCAAUGACAGCAAUGGUUAUCCCAGAGCACCAACUUGGCACGGCUUAUGGAGUCAUGCAGUCUGUCCAAAACUUGGGCCUAGCCUUGAUUACUCUCCUGUGUGGAAUAAUUGUUGACAAUGGAGGCUACCUUAUGCUGGAAAUAUUCUUCCUUGCUUGUCUUUGUGUGGCUCUUGUCACUACUGUAGUGAUCUAUUUGUACGACUCCAGUCAUGGAGGAAUCCUUAACAUGUCUGCUGCAGAACGAGAAGUCUAUGAAAAGAAUAGAAUCUCUGCGGAAGAUCUGGAACGAGAAAAAUUGGUAGCUGCAGGAUCUAUGUCCGAUAUCACACCUCAAGAUCUUCUUCAACCCCAUUCUGACUUCCACAUAAGAAACCGGUACUUGUCCCGCAUUGGAGCAAAUUUACCAUCUCAUUACAAUGAAAACCAGAAGGGUCUUGCUUACAGAGCUUUGCGAUAAAUGUAUGAGGCCCUAGGAAACCCAUGCCAAAGCCGAAGAGUGACUUGCUGAGCCUCUCUUAUUAUGAUUUUUUCCUGCUUGAUGAGUAACUGUGAUAAGUUUGAAGUAUGUAGUGUCAACUUGUCCUCCUGUUUCUGGACAGCAAUUCGUGAUUCAUUUUUAAAUCGGUAUUUUUGUUUAAGAUUGUAUUGUUUAGUCCAUAUUGUUUAUCACUGAAUUUAAACUGCGUACCAUAGUUUCAACCACUCUGGUUUGUUACCAAUUGGUUGGAACACUUGUCAGAAUCAAGCAGUCACCAUUUUUUGUUCUCUAUGUAUAAACCUGCAUAAAUCAAUGUCUUUUAUUAUCCCAACAUUUGAUGCUAUGGACAUUCUUAAUGAUAGUCAUGAUUUUGAAAGUAUGACAUUUUAUGCAGUACGAUGGAAAAUAUCUAUUUUUCUUGAAUGAUUUGAUGGUUGAUGACUAUUUGAUGUACAUUCCAGCCUUAUUAGAGUGAGAAAAGAAAGUGGAAUUAGUAAUAUUAGGUACGUAUUUUUGUGACAUUUUGUUGACCUCAGCAAUGAUCGUGAAGAGUAAAAUUUCUUCUGAUAAUUUGUGUAGCAUCUAUGUUUAAUGAAGCUUGGUGUCAAAGAGAUCUCUGUUCAGAUGUUUGUGUAGUUAAUUGAAUUCAUUGGCAUUAUGAAAACGACUUAGUUUCUCACAAGUUUGAACAAUUUCUGGAUCAUCAUUAGUAAUCUCCCUGUUGUAGCAAGGAAACCCUGGCUUCAGAGAACUCAGGACUACUGUAAUGCAUUUAAUUUUGUCAAUUUGUGCAUGAUAUAAAAUAAAUUAAAUUCAUGGAUUGUGGUUGUUUGGUCGAGAACUGUCUUAUGUUAGUAAUGAAUCUCAAAAGUUAAAAUUAAUUAGUUUGCAAUAGCUGUGUAGAUAGAGAUGUGUGGGCCAAAACUGAUGUAAAUUUUUAAACUCAAAGGUGUAUUUUUGAAAUAAUUUUGCAGAGUUUUAAGGUUUUAUGUUAGUCAAGGCUUUACUGAUAUUAAAAGCCUUUUAUCAUUAUUCACACUGGUGUUUGAUCCUCUUCUAGAGUUACUUUGUGUAUACAUACAGUGGAUAUCAGAUCAAACUUAAUUACAUAUUAUAUCUUUGUUUUUAGAUGUGGCUUUAGUCAUGAGCAAGGGAAGCUAAGUUUAUUUAUAAUGAAGUGUUCUGAUUUCAGUAUUAUGACAGUUCAUAGAUUUUAUCAAGAUAUGUGAUGAUGAAUUAGAAUAAGGGUCAGUCUGUGGUGUUAACAUAUCUUGACUUUGAAGUAGUAAUGGAUAUAGGUUGUUAAGUUACCCUAUUUUUUGUUGAUCUUUUUUUGGACAAUGCCUCAACAUUUGCAGGAGGCAUUUCUUGACUUGCCAUCAUGUUUAUACUUUAUACAUAUUCAAUGCUUAUGAGUUAGUAUUAUUAUAUAUUUUCUUUGGCUGUAUCUAAUAAUGUUAGCUUGAUUUGUGUGAAUUUCGGUCAUGAAUUGGGGUGCAGGAGUGCAAAGUUGCAGGAUGAUACUGGAUGGAAAAUGGGUAAAGAUUAUCUUAUUGUAUUUGGUGCCCUUGUGAUUGCUAAAGUCAUCUGUCAAGGAUGUCAUUCCCUCUUGCAAACUUGUAUUUAGCUUUUGCUCUUGGUGCUGAAGAUAUCAUAGGAAAAUUUGAUCAAUUGUUCUGUUGAACUAGCCGUCAAUUAGAAGUUGUAACAAUCUAUGGUAUGGGCUGUCAUCUUCUAGAAGAAAAUUAAUUACAUUGCCAAGAAUGCGGACUUGCUGAGCUUGUGUAAGCUCCCAAUUAGGUAGUACGUUGUCGCGUUAUACCCUAUGCUUCAUACCUUCAAAAGUGCUAUGGCACAUAUUUUAAUGGUAAUAAACAUCAGCAUCAUGUGAA